GGAUAAAGCUGAAAGAUUAUCUUCCAGCAGGAUAAAUAAAAAUGUACAGCGGAGCUCCGUCCGGCGGAAUAGCAAUCGGCGGCGGCGGAGGAAGAGGAAGAGGAGGAGGAAGAACAUGGCCGUCGACGACGUCGGUAUCAACAUCAGGGAAGAGAAUACAGAAGGAAAUGACAGAAUUAAGCAUGGAAGCACCACCAGAUUGUGCAGCUGGACCUAAAGGAGAUAAUCUUUACCAUUGGGUUGCUACUCUCUUUGGACCACCUGGAACACCUUAUAAGGGUGGAAUAUUUUUUCUUGAUAUAACCUUUCCUUUUGAUUAUCCAUUUAAACCUCCAAAGGUUGUAUUCAAAACUCGCAUAUAUCAUUGUAAUGUAGAUCCUUCUGGCAAUGUUAGCUUGGACAUCCUAACAGAGAACUGGAGUCCAGCGUUAACAAUCUCAAAGGUGCUACUUGCUCUGAGAUCAAUGUUCACCAAUCCUGAAACUUAUAAGCCGGUUGUUCCUGGUAUUGCGCACUUAUACUUGGGAGAUAAAGCCAAACAUGAUGAAAUAGCUGCACAGUGGACACUGAGAUUUGCAAGGUGAAAGAAGAACUUGAUGUGGAACUUUUUUAACGAGUUCAGUGAAGGGUGAUUUAGAAAGACUAAGUACAUAGAUUGCACAGGAACUAUUGAGACAAGCCCCGUGUGUUGGACGUUUGAUGCCUCUCAGGUAUACAUGCUGACACUUGAGGUGUAAGUCUCGCUGAGGCAACAACCUCUACAUCUGUCCCAAAGUACCUCAUCUCGAGUCCCUAACGAGUCUCAAGUUUGCCUUCCAUGUGUGAUCCUCUGUAAGUUUUUGAACUUCUUGUUCAGUUUUUGUACUAGUGAACAU